AUGUUUAAUUUAUCAACAAUACAUUAUAAAUUAGUACGAAUUCAAGCAAUUGAUUUGGAUAGUGGUAAAAAUGGUCAAAUACAAUAUAGUCUUUCUGAUACAAAUAUAUUCGAAAUUGAUUCUAAUACUGGUAUUUUAAAUGUUCAUAAAAAUUUUGAUUGUUCAAUUCAAGAGUAUCAUUUUCGUAUUCAUGCAAAAGAUUUUGGUAUACCAUCAUUAUCAUCAACAGUUAAUGUUAUUGCACAAAUUAUUGAUAACACCAAUGGACCACCAUUUUUUACAAAGCCAUUAUAUGAUGUGACAAUUAAAGAGGACAUGGAAUUGGAUAGUUGUCUUCUCAAGGUUAGAAUUUAA